AUGCCAGUGGUCAAUAUUGAGGAUCUAACGGAAAAGGACAAAAUGAAGAUGGAACUCAAUCAGCUCCAGAAAGAAGUGAUGCUGGAAAGACUGCUGGUGUCCAGAUGUUGUGAAGAAGUAAGAGAUUAUGUUGAAGAAAGAUCUGGUGAAGAUCCCUUAGUAAAGGGUAUUCCAGAGGACAAAAAUCCCUUCAAGGAGCUCAAAGGAGGUUGUAUAAUUUCAUGA